AUGGCAGACCCAUCCGACCCGGACCCAUCUUCGCGGACCAAGUCUGAGCCCAUUAACAUUGACAAUGGCCUUGUCACAGACCUCACCUCCAACGCAACAGAACCCUCCGACUCCCUCACACCCGGAUAUCUGUCUUCCACCCCGUCCAGCCCCUACCUACUCUCUCGAAAUUCAUCGUAUGUUGGGAGUCAGUCGCUUCAAGAGGAUUGGGAUGUUCCCCUUGACAAAUUGACCUUUUUUGACAUCUUUGACAAUCUCUCCCUUCCCUCCAAACUCGAACGAUGGCAGGCCACUCUCGCAGCCCAGAAGACCAAGCUAGCAAAACAACAGGAGCGCAUCCGAACCAGUGGUAACAACGCCAGAGAUCGCGCUGUCGCUGAAUGGCGUAAACGUCUCCCGACCGCCGACGAACAGCUGGCAAAGUAUCGAAGCCGUAUGAAGAAAUCUGUCGACGACCUGAAUAAGAGAUGGAAUGAUACCGCCACAAUUACCCUGAAAGAGAAAGUCUCCUUCAUCUCCGCCGUCCUCAAUGUCUUCAUCAGUGGCUAUCUGAUUGGCGGCGUGCCCCAUUAUUUCUAUUAUUGGUUCACGGUACAGUUGGCCUACUUCAUGCCUAUUCGAUGGUACACCUAUCACCGCAAGGGAUAUCAUUAUUUCCUGGCAGACUUGUGCUACUUUGUCAACGCCUUGUGCAUCUUGUCCAUAUGGGUCUUUCCCCGGUCCAAGCGCAUGUUCAUCAGCACGUACUGCCUCGCAUAUGGCAACAAUGCCGUCGCAAUCGCCAUGUGGCGUAACUCCCUUGUCUUCCACUCUCUAGACAAGGUGACAAGUCUUUUCAUUCAUGUCAUGCCUCCUGUAACGCUACAUUGUCUCGUCCAUCUCACCCCUGCCGCUUUCCUCAAACAACGAUUCCCUGCCGUUUACAGUAUAAAAUACAGCGAGCCAAGCUCCCCAGAGCAUUACACUCUACUUGCUAUGUUGGUCUGGGCCACCGUGCCCUACGCGGUCUGGCAGCUCUCUUAUCACUUUCUUAUCACCGUCCGAAAACGAGACAAAAUUGCUGCUGGUCGUCCAACUUCCUUCACUUGGCUACGCAAAUCAUAUGCGAAAACCUGGAUCGGCAAAAUUGUUCUAGGGCUUCCCGACACCUUGCAAGAGCCUGCUUUUAUGUUCAUUCAGUACUCAUACGCACUCCUCACUAUCCUGCCUUGCCCCAUCUGGUUCUGGUCUCGCUGGAGUAGCUCCGCUUUUCUCAUGACUGUCUUCAGCUGGAGUGUCUGGAAUGGCGCCAACUAUUACAUGGAUAUUUUUGGCAAGCGUUUCCAAAAGGAGUUGGAACAGAUGAAACGCGACGUCGCCAAGUGGCAAAACAGCCCCGGCACAAUGGACAGUCCACCCAGUAGGCCUGAGGAUGCCACCGAGGGACAAGCGAAACGGAAAAGUAUCGAUCGUAUCCCGCUCUUGGACGACUUGGGAGACCCUUCCUUGUCAACAGAUGUGAACGCGCGUACCACGGGGUCAGCCCACCUUGCCGACUUGGAUGGACAGGUUAGGACUCGGAAAGAUUUGUAA